UUUACCGUAUUUUCGAAUCAUUUACAUUAUUAAUAAUGGAAAGAAAUAUAUUAUUAAUCUUUUCUAUAAUUCUACUAAAUGUCUUUCAGUCUGUUGAAUGUAUUACAGAAUUAGAAGAAAAUUAUAACCUUCUUCUUGUUUCAACAGAAACAUAUAGACAAUUGGAAAACAAGAUGAGUCCUACUGAAAACACAAACAUUACCAAAAAAUGGAAUUUAAAAUACCAAACUACUUCAAAUGAAUUAAUAAGAGAUUUAAAUUCAACCAUAAUAAGUAUUAUGCCGAGAAACAGCGAAUGGUAUGUAAAAGAUAAAGCAUUUAUAUUGCAAUUCCCUAGAAAAAAUCUCAACUUGCAUGAACCUAAUUUCAGAAUUUUACCAGUUCCACCACGUUUUUUCGAUCAACAUACUUUCUAUUCACGUUUUAUUCGAAGCAUAGUUAAGAGUAGUGAAUGUAUCUUUCUCUACAAAAACACUUGUGCCUUUACCCUAAAGACUAACGAUAAAUUGAUCAAAAAAGUGAUGCACAUAUUAAUUGCUGCUGGAAAUGAUUGUAAAAGUCAACCGUGUCAAAAUGGCGGAACUUGUAGACCCGAACCACAUGGAUAUCAAUGUAUAUGUAAAGUCGGUUUCAAAGGACAGUAUUGCGAGGAGAAUAUAGACGACUGUUAUCCAGAUGCAUGUCUGAAUGGUGGCACGUGCGUAGAUAAAGUUGAUAAUUUUGUUUGUAUUUGUCCUCGAGGAUUCACGGGAGUAAAUUGUUACCAGCGAAUUCCUUGUGCACCAACUGGAUGCUUAAACGGUGGGACAUGUGAUCUUGAUGAAGUAGACUGCAUCUGUCGAAGAGGAUUUACGGGACAGUUUUGUGAAACUAAUAUAGAUGACUGCGCAGCUGACCUCUGCCAAGUUAAUGCUAUGUGUUUUGAUGGAUUUUACGACGUUAACUGUUGUUGCGACAUUGAUCAUGUGGGAAAAUAUUGUAAAAACGAGAAAAGAUGUAAUAACGAAUUAUGCAAUAAUAGAGGAAAAUGCAUUGUAAGGAAUAACACAGAAAUAUGCAGAUGUUUAAAAUUAUAUAAAGGCAAAUAUUGCGAAAUAGAAAUUAAAAAUUGUUCAGUUAACCAUUGUAAAAAUGGAGGUUUGUGUGUGCCUGCAUAUCCGAAAAAUAUUUGUCGAUGUCCGCCAUCACAUAAAGGAAACGAUUGUUCAGAAGAGAGAUAUUUCAUGUACGCACUCAACUUUCAAAAAAAUAUUACUACCGAAUAUUCAAUGGUAGUCAAUAGCCGUUUACUUGAAGAAGUUACUUUUGCAUUUUGGAUGAAAGUUUCGACUCUUCAGCAAAGAGGAACGUUGUUUUCAUAUUCGUACUUAGAUCCAAUUAAAUACCAAGAUGAACUGCACGGGUUUGGCUUAAGCGAUACUUCAUACUUAAAGUUAUAUAUGUUUGGAAAGAAAUAUCUUUUAGAAAUUAAACCCAAUACAAAUUGGCAUCAUUUCGCGGUAACAUGGAAGAGUGAUUCUGGAGAAGCGUCAGUUUAUUGGGAUGGAAAACUAAAUCGCAUCAUAAAUAACGUGAGAAGAGGUAGACUUUUAUGGAAUGGUGUUCUAGUGCUUGGACAAGAACAAGUUGCACUCGGGGAAGUUUCCUUUAUAGGACAUUUUUCUAAAGCGGAAACAUAUUUAGGAAAGAUAAUUGAAUUUAAUGUGUGGGAUAUUGCUUUGUCGUCAUCGUCGAUAAAAGAUAUGUAUCAGACAUGUACUUUAGGCCUAAUUGGAAAUGUUAUUGCUUGGGAUCUAUUUAGAGAUCAUCUUCAUGGUUCUGUACAAAUUGAAGACAAUGUCAGAAUAUGUUCAGGAACUGGUUUUUGUAAAAAUAACUGCUUCUGUUACAGUCAAUCGAUGCUGACAUAUGAACAGUGCGGAAAAGAUAUCGGCACUUGUAAUCCCAGUCCGUGCAAGAAUAAAGCGCAAUGUGUAUUUGAUAAUGGUAUUUCUCAAUGCGAUUGUCCUGAAGGAUUCAGAGGAGUAUUGUGCCAAUAUGAUAUAGAUGAAUGUAUAGAGAAUAGGCAUAAAUGUUCUCAUUUAUGUCAAAAUACACUUGGGUCUUACAAAUGUUAUUGUCCCUUAGAUAAGAAAAUGUUUCGUAGUAAGUGCAUCGAUAAACAAAAAUGCGUAGUUGAUGGCACAAUUUAUUCACCUGGAAAUAGUUGGAUUAAAAAUUGUCAAAACUGUAAAUGUAACAAUGGAACUAUCGCCUGCCAUAAAUUAUGCGAUAACGAAGACUCUUGUAGAGAAGGCGAAAUGCUGAGUUUAGAUAUGAAUGGAUGUUGUGAUAAAUGCUUUAAAGUUUCUAACUGCACUUUAAACAACGGAGAAGUAAUCACUAUGGAUGGAUAUUCGCAUAGAUUUGCAGGAAUAUGUCGAUAUGCCUUAGUUGACGAUUGCAUGUAUGGUACAUUCAGUAUCAGAUAUGAAGAUGCGGAAGUGGGAAGUGUUAAUAAAACUUACUUUAUCUAUAAUAAUUGUGUAGAAGUAAAAAUUACGGAGAACGGAGAUGUUUUCGUCGAUGGAUUUCUAACUGAUGUUCCUUUCACUAACAGCACUACAGUACAAAUAAAAAAUGACGAUGCAAAUUCUCUCUUAAUCAGAAUUAGCCAAGGAAUAUCAGUUACGUGGUAUUCCACCGUUAGUAUUAAGAUUUCUGUUCCAAUAAUUCAUAAGAGCAGAGUGUGUGGACUGUGUGGUAACUUUAAUGAAGACGCCGAUGAUGAUAUUAUGUAUGUAAAUUACAUCGAAAGUAGAUUAGUUAUGGCUUCAGAUCAUGAAAAAAUAAGAUGUAAAGUAAUGCCAGUGGUAGAUUUUCCAGCUCCUCCUAUUGAAUUCCAUUCUACUCCUUUUAUUUAUGACGACUAUUUAUCGCAUUUUAAUGAUACCGAUUUCAAUGAAAUCGAAGAUAAUACUACAGUAGAUUUUCUAACUACAUUUAGCUAUAAUACCGAAACUAAUACGAAUAUUUAUCCUAUAUAUACAACGGAAAGCUCUGCAUUUACAUCCAAGAGUCAUCUUUUGAUACUAUUAUUAAUUUUAAUUAUUAAAAAUGAAUUAUAUUUAUUAUUACAUUGAUUUGUAUUAUAUAUAAUAUUUAAAGAACAUCUCAAUUAUAAAUAAA